AUGCCGUUAACUCAACUCAAUAGAGAAUUAUUAAAACUUCUUCUAUUGGAUAAAAAUGAUCAAGAUAGUUUUAUUAACCAACUUGAUGAUCUUUUUCGUAAAUUUGGUACUUAUAAUAUCGAAAAAUGGCGAAAUCUAUCCAAUAAAAACAAUACAUUAUUACAUGAAUUUGUUGAGAAAGAUUUACCAUUUGCAAUUCGUCAUGUUAUUAACCAGUAUACAUUCGAUAUAAACGUGCAACGAGAUACUGAUGGUCGUACUCUUUUUCAAUUAGCUUUAGAUCAGAAAAACAAAAAAAUGCACAAUUUUUUAAAAGAACUUGCUGCUGAUAAAAUACCGCAAAUAGAUGUUUCUAAACUACAAAAUGAUGAAGAUCGAAAAAAAUCAACAAAUAUCGUAUGGGUUGAUUUAGAGAUGACAUCAAUCGACGAUCCUGAGAUAUUAGAAUGUGCUGUAAUUAUUACCGAUAAGGAUCUUAAUGAAUUAGCACAAGGAAAUUGGGUAAUUCAUUUCGAUCAAUCUGUACUAACGACACUUGGUCAAUGGCAUCAAGACACAUUUGCAGAUCGAGAUAAAAAAGGAAAUGGUUUAUUUGCUGAUGUUUUAAAAUCGAAAUUAACGAAAGAAGAAGUCGAAGAAAAACUAUUAACAUUAAUUCAACAAUAUUGUCCAGCACAGAAGUGUCCAUUAGCUGGCAGUUCAAUUCAUAUCGAUAAACAUGUUUUACAACUUCAAAUGCCAAAAGUUCAUAGUUAUUUACAUUAUCGUAUAAUUGAUGUUAGGGGUGAUUUAAGUAUUACUUAA